AUGGCGGCAAAUCACGUUACGUUCGACGAUCAUCAAUAUGAGGCAGGCCCAUCAACCUAUUCCUCUAUUCCUUCGUCUGGAGCAGGAGCAGGAGCAGGAGGACCAGGAGUCGGACCAUCAAUACACCCCGAUAGGUUAGCUCUAGCUGCCUUAGGGACCCCACACAACUUUGUAAAUGGAGACGCUGGAAUAGUGAAGAAGAAGAAGGUCAAAAGUGAGAAACAGAAGAACAGGGAAAAGAAAAAAUUGAAGAAACGUAGAAAAUUAGAACAAGCUAAAAAAGCCGCUGCACCUAAAAACUCUUCCAACAACCAAAAAGAAUGGAAGGUUGAUCCUGUCUUGGAAGCUCUCAAGAGAUCAACAGUGUCAUCUUCCGCCAACAAAGUGAAGAAUGACACUGAAGAUCUAGGUAAGGAAGAGGAUAAAUACGAGGAUAAGGUGAAGAAGGAUGUACAGAAUGAGAAUGGAGACGUCAGUGAAGAGGUGAAAGUCAAGAAUGAGAAAGAGAAGCGCAAGCUAGAGAAAAGGGAAAAGAGAGAACAGAGAGAAAGGAAAGAAAUACGUAAAGCUCAAAGAGAAAAAGCUGCUCUAGAAUCAAAUAAGUCAAUCACCAAUGAAGGAGAAUCCAUUCAGCAAAAUGAUGAAAUAGAAAUGAUGGACCAAGAGCAACCCUUAGAAUUAAACGAUGACGAUGAUAAUGAUGAUAAUGAUUCAAAGAUCGAUGAGGAUAAUCAAAUAUCACGUUCUGAAUCUCCACCACCCCUUGAAAGGUUCCCUCUCCCUACUUCUGCACCUGCUCCUGCACCUGAAGUAUUAGCUAGACAAGGUCUACCGACAGGGUUGGAAGACGCCGAAUUCAUAGAUCAGUCGUUAAGGAUCUCGUUGGAUGAUCUAAAGACUAUACCGAGAAAAGGUCAAGAACAAGGUGAACAGAUAAGCGAUAGAAUGAAAUUGAGAUUAAAGGAAAGUGGAGUACAAGAUUUCUUUGCUGUGCAAGCGGCUAUAUUACCUCAACUACUCUCGCUCCGUCUUCUCCCCUUCCCAUAUGACGAAUUACAUGAUUACUUGAUCUCGGCUCCGACAGGUUCAGGUAAAACCCUAGCUUAUGCUGUACCCAUAGUGGAAAUACUAUCCAAAAGGAUAACUCCUAGAUUGAGAGCUUUGAUCGUUCUUCCCACGCGAGAUCUAGUGGUUCAAGUCAGAGAUACAUUGGAAUUACUGGCGAAAGGUUCCGGAUUGAAUAUCGGUUCUGUCACAGGUCAACAUUCGUUCUCUCAAGAACAAUCUCAAUUAGUAGCAGAUAUGGAAACCCCACUGCUAGGUGGUUCAUCGAAGCUAGAUAUUCUGAUAGCCACACCUGGAAGAUUGAUGGAUCAUCUUUCUUCUACACCCAAUUUCACUCUUCAACAUCUACGAUUCCUCGUAAUUGACGAAGCUGAUCGACUGCUAAAUCAAUCGUUCCAAAAUUGGUUAUCGCAAGUAUUGUCAUAUAUCAAUCCACCUGAUCCACCUAGAAGUCUGCCUGAAGGUUUCAAACUUCAACCUUGGGAUAAAGUAGCGCCUUCAUGGCAAGAAGGACUGGGAUUGAUAAAUCGGGAUGCCGAAUGGUAUGAUCCUAUUCCAAGCACCUGUCAAAAGCUAUUGUUUUCUGCUACUUUGACUCGUGAUCCAUCAAAAGUAGCGGCAUUGUCAUUAUCUUCACCUAAAUAUUAUAUUGUUCAAUCUACUUCAAUACCUUCUAUACCUUAUAAUAUAGGAGAAACAUUCGCAUUCCCCACUGAACUAAAAGAGAAGAUGUUGAUCUUACCACCGCAACUGAAACCUCUCAACUUGAUACAUCUGAUACACUGUAAAGAAUAUAAUGUCGAUAAAGCAUUAGUCUUCACUAAAUCUGUCGAAUCAUCAGAAAGAUUAGUCAGGUUGUUAGAAUAUUUCGAAGAUGCGUAUAUAUUAGGUGGUGGCGGAGGUAAAAGGAUAGUGGUUAAAGGUUAUACAGGUGAAUUAAAACCCAAUGAAAGGAAAAAGCUUUUGGUAGAGUUCGCAGAAGGAACAGUCAAUUUACUCGUAUGCUCGGAUCUGAUUGCCAGAGGAAUGGAUUUACCUUCAGUGUCCAAUGUGGUAUCGUAUGAUAUACCAUUAGAUUUGAGGAAAUACGUUCAUAGAGUUGGCAGAACAGCUAGAGCAGGUAGAGAAGGAACUGCUUGGACAUUGGUCGAAAAGCAGGAGGCACUUCACUUCAAGGGAAUGAUGAAUACCGCAAAUCACUUGAAAGCGAUCAGGAAAGUGAAAGUGAAAGAAGAGGAUUUGAGUGGUUAUAGAGAUAGUUAUGAUAUCGCUAUGAGGAGGUUGAAAGAACAUUACGGACGGGAUACUUGA